AUGACAUCCCCCACCACCACCACCACCACCGCCAUCCCCCCAACCCACCUCGCCUUCCGCCGCAGUCCCGGCACGGGAACCGAACAAACCCCCCUCCCCCUGCAACUAACCACUGAACCGACCCUCCCCCCCUCCGGCCACCUCGGCCCGCACGACGUGCUCGUCCGCGUGCGCGCCGUCUCCCUCAACUACCGCGACGCGCUCAUGCUGCGCGGCACCUACCCCGGCGGCGCCGUCCUGCCCAGCGGCAUUGUGGCGUCGGACUGCGCGGGCGAGGUGGUUGCUGUGGGGGGUGGGGUGACGAGGUUUGCGGUGGGGGAGAGGGUUGUGCCGACGUUCGUGAGGGGGGGGUCUUUGGGGGAGGGGGGGGUGCCGUUGACGCUGGGCGGGGAGGUGGAUGGGGUGUUGAGGGAGUUUGCGGUGUUUGGAGAGGAGGGGUUGGUGAGGUUGCCGGGGCAUUUUGUUGUGGGAGGAGGGGUGCGACACUGGGCUGUGCUGCGGUCACGGCUUGGGAAGGCGGUGGGUGCCCCGGACUCGCUGGAUAAGAAUAAGUCCGUCUUGAUCCAAGUUACGAAGCUUGACACACCUGACCUCGCCAGCUACAACUAUCGCACCAACCCGGACCAGGUAGCCGAGGUGCAGCGGCUGACGGGUGGCAAGGGUGUUGACUACGUGGUGAACAAUAACGGGCCGCCGGGCAUCCCCGCAGAUAUCGAUUCGCUAGUACCUUCGGACGGCGUCAUCUCCAUCGUGGGUUUUCUUGGUGGCAGAUCGGCCGAUUGGAACCCAGGAAAGUUGUUGGCAUUGAUUGCAAAAACGGCUCGUUUGCAGGGCAUCGCCGCUGGUUCGAAACUUGAUUUCGAGGCACUGAACAGUUUUCUGGACGAGAAGCAGGUCCGCUUGGAUCCUUUGGUCGACGACAAGGUCUUUAAUUUCAAAGACUCACAGGCGGCUCUUGACUACCUGUGGUCCGGGAAGCACAUGGGCAAGGUGGUUAUUAGAGUUUGA